AUGAAUUCACGUGGGAAGGCUAUACAAAAUUUCUUCAAUGAUGAUUCUGAUGAUGAUGACCUUCAUCAACAGAGGGUUGCAAUGGUUGUUCAACACCAUACGUUUUUGCUGGAGCAAUAUGCUCAACAAUCCAAACAUGGUGGUUCUGUUGUAGGACGUGAAUACAAGAAUCGGAAGAGAGAAAAACAUCAUAAGAGUCUCAUGGAGGACUACUUCUGUGAAAGACCACUUUACCCCCCAGUGGACUUUCGCAGGCGGUUCCGCAUGAGAAGAGAGCUUUUCUAUCGCAUCUUGAAUGAUGUUGUUGCACAUGAGCCAUACUUUACCCAGAAGAUAGACGCUUGCAGAUGA